GAUAAUCAAAGUAUUUAUCAUCUGAUUGUCUCCCAUUUAUUACUACUGAACAGGUUCCAUGUAAAACAGUUUGUCUUGCUAGCUUAUCCAGAGCUUUUGACGUCUGACUGAAGAGCCUUCGAGUUGUUAGCUAUUUAGUUAGCUGCUACUUCACUAAAUGAAGGACAACAAGGAGAACUCAACUCCUGGUAAUCCUGCUGCAAGUGUGGACCACAUAAAGCCAUGCUGGUACUGGGACAAGAAGGACCUGGCGCAUACGCCCUCGCAAUCAGAGGGGCUUGAUCCCGCAACAGAGGCCAGAUACAGACGAGAGGGGGCCAGGUUCAUUUUUGACGUUGGGACUCGCCUCGGACUACAUUAUGACACUCUGGCGACGGGAAUCAUCUAUUUCCAUCGAUUCUACAUGUUUCAUUCUUUUAAGCAGUUCCCCCGAUAUGUUACUGGGGCCUGUUGUUUAUUCCUGGCGGGUAAGGUGGAGGAGACCCCGAAGAAAUGUAAAGACAUCAUUAAAACAGCUCGCAGCUUACUGAAUGAUGUGCAGUUUGCACAGUUUGGGGACGACCCUAAGGAGGAAGUGAUGGUGUUGGAAAGAAUAUUAUUACAGACAAUAAAGUUUGAUUUGCAAGUGGAACAUCCAUACCAGUUUCUUCUCCGAUAUGCCAAGCAGUUGAAAGGUGAUAAAACUAAAGUUCAGAAGCUGGUACAGAUGGCUUGGACCUUUGUAAAUGACAGCCUGUGCACCAUGCUGUCACUACAGUGGGAGCCUGAGAUUAUAGCCGUGGCUGUCAUGUACCUGGCCGGGCGCCUGUGUAAGUUUGAGAUCCAGGAGUGGACCUCCAAACAGACGUCCCGCCGGUGGUGGGAGCAGUUUGUCCAGGAUGUCCCGGUGGAGCUGCUGGAAGACAUUUGCCACCAGAUCCUGGACCUGUACUCGCAGGGCAAGCAGCAGAUCCCCCAGCAUCCCCAGUUGCAGGAGAAGGAGAAGCCCCCGGCCCCACCCCAGCAGCCACAGGCCCCGCCCACACAGCAGGCGCCGACCCCUCCUGCCCCGCCCCCACCCAAGAAGGCCUCCCCACAGACCAGCCCUCCGAGGCAACUCAAGCGGCCUCACGUUGUGUCUCCAAAAGAAGAAGCCAAAGCACCAGAACAAGUGGGUUCCAAAAUCCCCCGUCUGGAGAGCCCGAUGCCCCCCCUUCCCACGGCACAGCCUCCUCCCGAUCGCAAGCCCCCACCUACUUUGGCUGCACCGCCUGGAGAGGCGGAGCUAGCAGCGACGAGCGAGUCGGUGGAGGUGCCGAAAGCACCGAUACCGCCCCCGCCCCAUACAGCACCAGUGCACCAGCCACCGCCGAUUCCCCACCGGCCGCCGCCCCCACCCCCCUCCAGUUACAUCAUGGGCAUCCCCACCUCCAGCUCCUACAUGUCCGGUGAGGGAUACCAGAGCCUGCAGUCCAUGAUGAAGACAGACGGGCCUUCCUACAGCACCAUGCCGCCCGCCUACGGACCCCCGAUGCAGUACCACCCGCAUGUUUACCCCCCGACUCCUCCUCCCCCCGUCCCUCCACCCGCUGCCUCUUACCCUCCUCCCAACCUCCCGCCUCCCUCCCCUGCCUACCCCCCUCCGGGCUACAACCACAGCUACCCUCCCCCUCCGCGGAUGCCCCCGGGGCACGGCGUGCCACCCCCGGGGAUGGGCAUCCCUCCUGCCAGUUACCCACCCCCUCCGGGCCCCCCGGGCCCCCCAGGAGGCCAGUCCCAGGUGCCCCCGCCCCUCCCCCCGGGCAUGCCUCCGGUCGCAGGCAUGAACAGAGGGGGCUGGAUGAGAUGAGAACACAGCAGGAGCAGAAAGAAUGCCAUUCUUUCUGCAGGGUGUGGGCAUGGAUGCAGUGAGAUGGGCAGGAUGCAGACAGUACCCGUUAACUCACUGCAGAUUUUCUUUGUGAAAAGUGCAACAGGCGAUGGAAAGCAGCACUUGCUUCAGUGUUGUUUCCAUACCACCCAUUUGUGUCGGGUAGUGAAAAUCUUGAUCUGAAUAUGAUUUUGUAUUUCUGACGGCACUAAUUAUUCAAGUGCACUGUUAUCGUUUAUGAAAUCAGAAUUAGCUUCACCAGAAUAAAGAAAAAAAACUCUAAGUGUAGACUAGCCCAGUUGUUUUACGCAAAGAAUUGCGGAAUCUGUUCUAAUUAACAUAGUAGUAUUACACUUACAUAAACUAGGGUUGUUGGGCUGUUGGUUUCCCAAGGGCAAAAAAGAAAUGGGUCACUAUAAAAUAUAGACAUCAUGUAUGAUUUCUCCUUUUAACUAUUUUUUGUCACUAUAUUAUUUUAUAUACAUUCAUGUGAUUGUACUUAAGAAAAAACAAGUGCACAGUGCAUAGGCAUUUGUAUGUUGACCAAGGUCUGUGGUGAUGAAUAAAGAAAUGAAUUCACAUGCCUGAAUGAACCAUUGUGUGGACAAAAGGCCACUUUGUAAAUAAUGUUUUGUG